GUGGUGUUCUCCUUGUUUUAUUUUAUGUGGAUGUUUUGCUUAUCUAUUUGAGGUAACUGAGUGUGUUUUGAAUGUGUGUGAAGAGCUGGAGUGAGUGUGUGAGAAAGAGUGAGUGAGUGAGAGAGAGAGAGAGAGAGAGAGGUAGUUCAUUUACUCUCACAGCCAAUAUUGCAGUGAGAGGUGAGAUUGCGGGUACUUAUUUGAGGUGAGUGAGUGUGUUUUGAGGUGCCAGAGUGAGAGUGUGAAAGAGAGUGAGUGAGAGGUGCUGCAUUCACUCUCACUUCCUUCUUCAGUCUUUUUAUAUCUAUUUGAGAUGACCAAGUGUGCUUUGAAUUUGUGAGAGUUUGAGAGUGUCUGGCAGUGAGUGAGUGAGAGGUGCUGCAUUCACUCUCACUCCCUCCUGUGACUGAGUGAGAGGUGCUUCAUUCACUCUCACUUCUUUCUUACUUCUUUCUUACUUACCUGUUGUGUGAGGAGUAAGAGUGAGAGCGAGAGUGAAAGAGUGAGUGAGAGGUGCUUCAUUCACUCUCAUUUCUUUCUUGCUUACUUCUUACUUUCUUACUACUUAGCCAGAGUGAGAGCAUGGGAGUGUGAGUGAGAGAGAGAGAGGUGGUACAUUCACUCACUCCCUCACCUUUGCAUCACUAACCUGGAUCAAUUGUGGUUGUGUUGUGCUGUUCUGUGCUGUAUAUUUUGUUAAACUAGGAGGUGGUGAGUGGUGGCUGUGAUGCUGUGAUGCUGUAGCCUAUUCCUGAUGCUGUGAUGCUGUUCAGUGUGAGGUUAGGUUAGGUUAGAUUAGAUAAAGGUUAGGUUAGGUAAAGGUUAAGUUAGGUUAGAUUAGGUUGAAUAAGGGUGAGAUCGAGUGUGAGAGGGUUAUCAAUGCAGGUUUAAGGGGACAAUUCAGUGUUUUAAGUAUAUAAGGGAUCAUUUAAAGGUCUAUAGUGGAGUUUAGUGAUAUUUUUGGGUGUGAGAGGUUCAAGACAGGUUUAAGAGGGAGUUUGAGGGACAGAUUUUAGUGUUUUAGGUAUGUAAAAGAUCAUUUAAGGGUAUAUAAUGGUGUUUUAAAUCUGUUUAGUGGUGUAUUUUUGGGUGAGGUGGUUAUCAAGACAGGUGUAAGGGGAGUUUUAGGGACAGAUUUCAGUGUGUUUGGUAUGUAAGAGAUCAUUUAAGGGUAUAUUGUGGUGUUUUAAGUCUGUUUAGUGGUGUUUUUGGGUGAGGUGGUUAUCAAGACAGGUGUAGGGAAGUUUUAGGGACAGAUUUCAGUGUUUUAGGUAUACAAGGGAUCAAUUAAGGGUAUAUAGUGUAAUUAGAAAGGGUGUAGGUGUGUUAAAGGUCACAUUGAGGUUGAGAAAGGGUGCUACUGUGUGUUAGGGGGAAUAAGGGUGUGUUAGAGGUGUUAUUAGGUGUUAGGGACUGUUUUCCAGGUGUAUGGGGGUAUAGGUAAGUGUGGGCAGGUGUGUCAGAGUGUAUCAAGGUGUAUCUUGUAUUUAGGAGGUGUGUGUAGCCCAGUAAGGUGUAUUUUGUGUGUAUUUCGGUCUGUAAGGUGUAAGUAAGGUGUGCGUUUGGAUGUACUAGAAUAUAUAAGGUGUGUUUAGGGUGUGUGUGGCUCAGAAAGGUGUGUUUACAGUGUAUGUGGAUCUGUAUGGUGUGUAUUUAGGGUGUAUCUUGACCCUAGAAAGUGUAUCAAAGGUGUAUCAAGCCCUUUGAGGUAUGUGAAGAGUGUGUUAGGGUGUAUCUGUCCCUGUGAGGUGUGUCGAGUGUAUCAAGCAUUUGGAUGUGUCUUUAAGGUGUGUCAUAUCUAGCCGUGUAAGGUGUAUCAAGGGUGUAUCUGGCUGUUGUGAGGUGUAUCAAGGGUGUAUCUGGCUGUUGUGAGGUGUAUCAAGGGUGUAUCUGAUCCUGUAAGGUGUAUCAAGUGUGUGUCUGCCCCUGGAGGUGUGUUUAGGGUGCGUCAGGGUGUGUGUGGCCCUGUGAGACACGUCAAGGGUGUGUGUGGCCACAAGGCAGCACCAUGGCAGCCCAGGUGGCGCGUCAUGGCCUGCUGAUGCGACAGAGCUUCAGCCUGGCCAGUCAGGAGGCCAUCAACUGGUUCCCGGGACACAUGGCCAAGGGACUGACACAGAUGCAGCAGAAACUGAGGGCGGUGGAUUGCGUGGUGGAGGUGCAUGAUGCUCGGAUCCCUCUCUCCGGGCGCAACCCUUUGUUUGAGAAGCGUCUGGGUCUCAGCACACUGAAGCCACACCUGCUGGUCAUGAACAAGAUGGACCUGGCUGACCCAACACACAUGCAGGCCGUCAAGGAGUACUAUGAUGGCCAAGGGGUGCACCAGGUCCUCUUCACCAACUGCAAGGAGCCAAACAGUCCCGGCAUUAAGCGUAUCAUCAAUAAGGUGUCCAGGGCCAUCAAGGACUCUGAGCGCUACAACCGGUCCGAGGAGGAGUCCUACAAUGUGAUGGUGAUUGGCAUCCCUAACGUGGGCAAGUCGUCGCUCAUCAAUGCACUGCGGGCCAAACACUUGAGGCGCAGCAAGGCCACCCGCGUCGGAGCCACCCCCGGCAUCACCCAGAGUGUCAUGGAGAAAAUCAAGGUGUGUGAGGACCCCAAGGUGUACCUGGUGGACACCCCCGGCGUGCUGACACCACGCAUCACCGACCUGGAGAUGGGACUCAAGCUGGCCCUGGCUGCCACCAUCAAGGACCAUCUGGUGGGGGAGGACGUGAUCGCUGACUACCUCCUCUACAGGCUAAACUUGGCCGGGAACCACAAGUACGUGCAGUUCCUGGGACUGGAUGCACCCACAGACACCAUCCAGGACCUCCUCAUCUCGGCGGCAUUGAGGAACAACUGGGUGAGGAAUGUGAGGGACCAUCGCGGCCUCAACACCUUCCCUGACACCCUCGCCACGGCCGCCAGGUUCAUCAGGGCCUUCAGAACGGGUGUGUUUGGCAGGAUUACCCUUGACCACAUACCCUGAGCUGCCCUGGUGUGUUUGUGUGUGUGUGUGUGUGUGUGCAUGUGUGUGGAAAGCAGAGGUGAGGUUUGUGAAGGAAAGUUUAAUAGGAUGACCUUUGUUAAAGUAUAGUACAUAUGCUCACCAGAUUAAGUUUAUUGUUUAAAAAUACAACAAAAUCAAUACAUUACUACAUGAGGAAAACAAAUGAAAACUUAGAAGGUGCAUUUUCUCAUCAGUAAUUGUAUUACUGCUCCAGUUGUUCCUUCAAGCUCAACUUCAACAUAGCUACAUUUUUGCACGAGUGUGGUGUCUUUGGGGCAAGAGAUGGUCGCUCACACUCAUCCACCAGAGUAGUGAAGGGGGAGGUGUCUCCUUGGUAAGGUUCUGCAAACUCCUCCUCUCUGAUACUGGGUUCCUGGAAUGUCCUUGUUAACCUCUUGUCCUGCUGCUGCCACCUCCACUGUAUCUGGUGGUUCCUGAUGUCCAGCAGCAUCUUGGGACUCACCCAUUCCGUCCCACUCUGGUCAAGGGAGCAGUGCAACUCUUGUGUGGCAACAGCACCUUCACAAGCACCACUCUCACCUUCAGCCUGGUCUUGCUGAGAGCUCUCCUUUGCUUCACUUUCUUCCAGCUGGUUUUCUGAGAACAUGGCUUUUAGUCUCUUUAACAGUGAUAUUGAAGUUACAAAACUCUUCAUGAGUUUCUUUUGCUUCAUUUCCAGAUGUCUUGCAUUAGUUUUAUCCUGAAUCAGGAUUGCUUCAGCAUUCAAUUUUCUUGUUCCUUCAGAAGCUUUUCAAUAUCAUCUGUGACUUUUAAAUCUAUGAGCUUAGUCUUGUCAAAGUUAAUGGUAGUGUUUGUGGAGGCAUCAACUUGACUGGACUUCACUCUUGUCACUGCAUCCUGCAUUGUGUUCUCUUCAUGUAAGUGUUCACUGUUUGAUGGGGUCACUUUGCUCACUGAUUGAGGCUGUAAAGAUAACUGUGUACCAAUUAUCACACUUCUUGACUUUAAACAUUUCUGUGAUGCCUCAGCACCUGAUGUAGAUGAAACUGAAUCAACUUAGAAAUACUCUUUGGUUCAAAGCUCAUACUUUUUUCUCUUCAGUAGAGUACUGACACAAAGGACAGCAGCACUUCUUCAUCUUUGUGCUCUCUUGGUGGACCUUGGAGGUUCAGGGAUGUUAAUAUUCUUCUCAGUACUCAUACUUGAGCAGCUGCAUGUGGUGGGUUCCUGUAGGGAGCAACUAGGAGCAUCACAUAUUCACAGUUUCCAUGUGUUCUGUGCCACAGCAAAGCUUCAUCUCAUGGAUUCACAGUUUUGUUGGUAAUAGGAGGGGCAAAUCUUGACACCUGCUGUUCCAUAUUUUGAUGUGAUGAUGCUGAGUUAUCUUUUAACUGCUGGGAGGUUAGGAAUGACAUGUAAAGACUUAAGAAAGAGAGAGACCAGCAGCAAGAGAAAAGAAAGUCUAGAAAAAAAUAACAGGAAAGAGUGAAAGAUAAACAUGAGAAAAAUUGAAAUAGAAAAUUACAGGCGUGGUAUAGCUGGCUGGUCUUCCUCAAGAAGGCACAGGUAAUGUGGAGGACAGCAGAUUCCUUAUAGUGUUGAUGAUAAUGAUAACAUUGUACAUACUACCUACUUGUGUUUAUUUGUAAGCAGUACAGAAAACUGAAAGAUUGACGUGAAAGAAAAUGUGUAGUAGCAAAUAAUGAUGAUAAUGAUGUGUUAUGUGUAUUAUGAGGAAAGGAAAAUAAAAGAUUUGAAGAAAAUAAAAAAAUCAUUAAUAAUAGUGAUGAUAUUAGUAAUAAUAGCAAUAGUGGUAAUUGUGUAUAUAUUGUUUUAUUUAUAAAAGGUAGUAGGCCUGAAUGGAAUAGGGAAGACAGAGAUGAAAGAAAUUUGAACAGUAAAUGCCUCAUGAUGAUGAUGACUAACAAUCAUUAUGUAGAUUUUGUUCCUUGAUAUUGCGAUAGGUAUAAAGAUAACAUUUGCAGGUAGAUAUAGUUCCUAUUUCUUCACCUCCUUCACUAAAUUACACUUCCUUAUUUUGUAUUAGAAAAAAUAAAGGACAUGAAAUGG